AUGAGCGACAACCCAGAAAGGAGGGCCCGAACAAUAGAUGAAUGCGUACGUGCAAUGAGUGCACAACCACAGGGUGCACGAAGCCGCACGAACCGCGAGCGUGAACGUGCCCGCUCGCUCGAGCGUCAACGCGGGCAGAAUCGUGCGCGCAAUCGCGAUCGUGAUAUCUCACGCGACCGUGGGCGUUCGCGCGCCCCGUCGCGCACGCGUUCGCGUAGGCGUUCACAUUCGCGUGGGCGUUCACAUUCGCGUGGGCGUUCACAUUCGCGUGGGCGUUCACAUUCACGCUCGCGCUCGCGCGAACGCUUGCUCAAGCGGGUUGAGGAGCUGGAGAAGGAGCUGGAGAACCUCAGGAAGAAAAAGGAGUCAACCAAUCUAUAUCACAAGUUGGAAGAGGAUUUGGCCCAGGAGGAUAAGGCGAGGCGUUUUUUGAAUCAAACUGAGUCAUGGAAGCGAGCCCACGCAGCCGACGUAGCAAGGCAUGAAAAGAGGAUGCUCCACAGGACCGUUCUAGUGAACAAUGCUGCGGACGCUCGCCUCACAGAUGAGGAGUUUCAAAAAGCUGUUGCCGACCUCACAAUUAAAAAAAUGACGCAGUAA